CCUCACGACGACCCCCUCAAGUUCAUAUCGAUGGAUUUCAAUAUCCACUGCCACUCUAGUCUUUCUCAUUGCCGCCACUAUAGCUUAGAAUAAUCACCUUACCUCGGCCAUUUUCUUGCCGAGACUCGUCAUGGAAAACAUCACCACUGACACCUCACAUGCCCCAUCAACCGCUUCGGCAACUACCCGAGGUCAACGGCUUUAUCCUUUUUCCGACCUCGUCAGUUCUCUAUUGCCAUAUUUUUGUGUCAGACCAUCAGCAGUUAUUUAUUAUGUUCCAGAUUAUUCAUCCAUUUCAUCAUAAAGUCAAAGGAUACGAAAAAGGGUCCAGGCUUUCUCGUCAUUCUUGUCAUGUUUCGGUGCCCAACAUGGAUUGCUCUCUCAUCAACAAUUUUCAAGGACUCCACGAACCAGCAUACCAGACAGGCACUGUAACAUUCUUCAGGUAUCCUAUGAAUAUCGAUAGCUACACCGUUUUCCUUUUGCCACGAGCUUCCUAGUCUACAAAAGCAUUACCCUAUGGAGCAAGCAGACCAGCCAGCGUCUUCUCUUCAUUCUUCUCAAUCGCCCUGAUCAAUGUCUGAUACGGUGUCAGUGCUCCAAGUGCCCUGCGCAUGUGCGCGUUGAUGAUUUGAAGCCCGUAAAUGUAACUGGCGUUAACCCAUGCGAAUCUAAACCAACGUCAGUGAACCGUGUCUGAGAUUACCAAGACCCUGAUUGCCGUAUUCCGCAUCAACUCGGUGAGGAUCGACCGGCCGGGUGACAUCGUACUUCUCGACUACUACACCGUGGAAAUCGACAAAGGCCUUAGUGACCAUGAAGAGCCACUUGUAGGCAAUUCGCUCUGCUUCCUCCGUGAAGCUAUAACGAAUCAGACCCGUCCAGGCCAGCAUUUGCUGUGGAGGCCAGCCGUAGGGAUAGUCCCAUUGUCUGUUAGGCCGUUCGAGGCCGACCGCUCCACGCGAUUCCUCCGUUCCUGAUACUAGGCCGCCGUACGCCUCGAACUUGGGGAGAGCUUUGCGAACCAUCUCGGCCGCUUGCUUUGGAGUGGCAAUGCCGGCCCACAGAGCCCAGAGAGUUGUGCAGGACUCAUACGUGCAGCGUUCACGCUUCGCGGUGUCAUAGUCAAAGAACAUGCCCUCCUUCUCAUCCCACAUCAGCUUGUCCACUGUGAGCUUGCGUCGCUUGGCUCGUCGGUCCCAAGCAGCUGACGACAGAACCUCACCAGGCUGGUAGGGUGUACCAGCGCAAAACUCCUCAGGCAUCGUAAGCCUGUCAUUGAAAACGCUGCGAAUAGUUCGUGCAAUGUCAGUCUCAUAUUUGAACAGGAGAGAGUUGAGAUCAAUGGUCGCCAGGUUUGCGCAAACACCCUCAAGGCGGUAGGAUGUGUCAUGACCCGACUCUCUCACGGCACGGUCGUGCAUGAAGUAUUCAUCGAGCUCAGGCUCCUCGACUUCACCAUGGUUGUAUGCUCGAACGAAUUGUUCGAAUGUCAUUUUGUGCUUCUUGAUAUAAGGGUCAAGAAUAUGCACAAAAUGAGUGGCCUCCGUCUCAGGAGGCACUCCACGACCUUCGGGUCGGUAUCUCGAGAGACCUGUGCUGGGGUCUAGUCGAGGCUCUGACAUCCAUACACUAUGAUACUCCUUGAUGGCGGCUAGAAUAGAUCGUCGGAGGAAUUCCUUGGCAUCUGGCUCGUGCUUGAUCUUUUCAUAAACACGAAGGGCCAUGUCAGUCAAGAAAGGAGGCUGUGAUCGACAAAGGUAGUAGGAUCGAGUAGCGUUCAGUAUCUUGCCGUAGUGCUCAAUGCAAAAGCAAAAAUUGAUGACCAUCGACUUGGCCAGGUCGACUCGAUCGUUGAUGA